UAUAUUUUGUUAUCGUUUUCCUGGUGCUCGGUUGCCGCCUAAAUUGAGACGAGUGUCGUGGGAGAGUUCGAGGAUAUUAGACCGGUAGAAUCACCACAAGAAAUUAUUUUCAGCCCGAAGUCUCGAACCAGAUGCUGAUUCAUAAUGUCAACUUGAAUAAUUAAGACACACCAUGAGUGACCCAAAAAUAGAAAAGGAGAUGGCAGUGGAUGAGGACGUGAAAAAUAAUAAAACGAGUUGCUCGUACUUGACAAUAGGAUCCUUCAGUACUUCAGCGUUAAUUAGAAUAGCAGCUGUUGGAGUUAUUUGGAGCUUUGGGUACAUGCACUGGAGUAUUGCGUGGUUAUUACCCCCAGUAUUCCUCUCUGUAUGGAAAUAUGAGAGUAAAAAAUAUGAUGAAUUGAAGAGACUGACUGCCCAGGCGACAGUCAUGGCUAAUGAGAAAGACAUAAUCACGAAUAGAAUGAAUGAUUUACCCUCGUGGGUAUAUUUCCCGGACUUCGACAGGGCCGAGUGGUUAAACAAAGUACUCUAUAAAAUUUGGCCGGGCAUUAAUCACUUUGUGCGUAACUUAGUGAGAGAAUCGAUAAAGCCAGCAAUCGUGAAGGCCCUGUCUGAAUACAAAAUGCCUGGAUUUCAAUUUGACAGAUUGGUAUUGGGUCGAAUCCCCCCCAAGAUCUAUGGAAUCAAAACCUAUGAGAAAGACACAUCUAGGAAUGAAAUUAUAUUAGACUGCGAAGUGCUAUAUGCUGGGGAUUGUGAUAUUUCUUUUACUCUGGGGACCAUCAAGGGUGGAAUACGAGACUUCCAACUUCGUGGAAUGCUCCGGAUUGUUUUGAAACCGAUGUUGACAGUGAUGCCACUGGUGGGAGGAGUUCAGAUAUUCUUCUUGAAUAAUCCAGAGAUCGAUUUCAAUCUCGUUGGUGCUGCUGACAUCCUGGAUUUCCCCGGUCUAAAGCAAGCACUGAGGAAAGUCAUUAAGGAGCAGUUUGCUAGAUUUUUGGUGCUUCCAAAUAAAUUGGUGAUCCCUCUGACCCAUGAUAUUCCUACGGAGAUUCUGAAAAUGCCAGAGCCUGAAGGUGUCUUGAGAAUUCACGUGGUGCAGGCGAAACAUCUCAUGAAAAAAGACAUCAGUGUUUUGGGAAAAGGAAAGUCUGAUCCUUAUGCCAUUAUCACCGUUGGAUCACAGGAAUUUAGGACUAAAACUAUUGACAAUACUGUUGAUCCCAAGUGGGACUUUUGGUGUGAGACCGUGAUCGAUACUUGGAGUUUCGGGCUAGACGCUGCGAUAUCAAUCUGGGAUUGGGAUCCCAAUAUUCCUGGGGUUGAGACAGAUGAUUUACUCGGAAGAGCCACCACUGAAGUGAGUCGAGUCAGGGAAAAGGGAACUAUAGACGCGUGGUUUACACUUGAGUCUGCUAAACAUGGGAUGGUGCAUCUUCGAUUGACGUGGCUGAAGCUCUCGAAAAAUCCUGGAGAUCUGCAGGCAGCUCUGAUAGAGACUCAGCAGUUACGAGUGACCUCCAUGAGUACAGCCCUUCUGACGGUCUUCAUAGAUUCAGCGAAGAAUCUCCCCUGUCUCCGAGGCAGCAAACAACCUGAUGUAUUUCUCGAGGCGACUGUUGGCAGUAAAACUGAGAGGACAUCGACGAUGCUGCGUUCCUCUGAUCCAGUCUGGGAGCAGGGGUUCACAUUCCUGGUAGCCCAUCCAGAGACAAAUAAUUUGAAUAUCCGAGUCAUAGACGAGAAGACAGGGAGUGUCGUUGGUGUUUUAAUCUACAAUAUAGCAAACCUCAUGAGCAAGGUCGAUAUGGAGGACACACAGCAGCCCUACGACCUUCUCAAUGCCUCCCCCGAGAGCAAACUCAUCAUGUCCAUGAGCCUGAGGAUUCUGAAGUAUGAAGGACCUGAGAGCUUCGUCGAUGACGAGGAGGACGAGGACAUAAAUUCCCUGAAGAAGAGGAUUGAACGACAGGAGUCGAAUAUCAGUGGCUCUCAGGGCAGCAGUAGGCCGUCAACUCCGUUGAAGAAACAGGUGUCCAAGGAGUCAUUGCAGAGCUCCACGAAUAACACAGGCUCUGAUCAAGGGGCCAAUCUUCCUGAAAUAGUGGAUGAGGGUAAUUACGAGGAGACUAUCACCCCCGCGUACGUAUCUGAGAGCAAUUUGCAUCCAGGACUUUUACAUCGGAAUCCUAGUGUCAUGUCAUCAGCUGGGGAAUUUAAACUCGGGAGGAUUCAGCUCACCCUGAGGUACAGUGUACCCAGGCAGAAGCUGAUGGUUGUCGUACAUAAAAUAUCGAAUUUACCAUUGCCUCAUAAUGAUCCAAAUAAUAUACCAGAUCCCUACGUUAAACUUUAUCUUCUGCCGGAUAAACACAAGGAGACGAAACGAAAAACAGCUGUGAUGAAGGAUAAUUGUAAUCCUACGUACGACGAACAAUUCGAGUACAUCGUAUCCCAGGGAGAUUUGAAUUCGCGAAUCCUGGAGGUGUCGGUGUGCACGCAAAAGGCCUGGUUGUCAACAGGAACUAAAGUCAUGGGUCAGGUUCACCUCAAUCUUUCGGAGAUCGAUGUCUCCAGGGCGACUUCUGCGUGGUACGAUCUCGUACCGGAGAUCAAGGAUUAAUUAUCAAGAUUAUCAAGCUUUUUUAAACUUUUCUAUGCAAUUUUCAUCACGAAUUUUUCAUGAAUUUGAUAUCUACGUUAGUACAAAUACGCUUUCUAAUCAUCACUGAUAACAAUUGUUGUAAAACUUCAAAUAUUUAUAAAUAUUGUUUUGCUGUUUACUUUCUUUAUUCGCGAAUUGCUAUCGAAUGGAAAAUCAAUAAAAAUUUUAUCGUCUCAAGGCAGAA